AUGUACCAAAACUUCAUUCUCCAAAAUUCAAGUGAAAAACUGCAGAUUGGAUUUUGUGUCUCUCUUGGCUGUCGGUUUGAAUGCCUGUGCUACUAUGACCAGAGUGGCUGUCGUCGUUUUGGGCCUCUUGGCUGCCACCUGGUUGUGGCUCUACCAUCAUCGAGGGUCAUAAAUACCUUACAGGUCAUCCGUCGAGGGCCUCCAAAGAAGCUCGGUCCUGCCAGAGCUCACACCACCCAAUUUUUCACGCAGAGAUUGGACCACUUUGACGUGUUUAAUAAUGCUACUUGGCAGCAGCGGUAUUUUAUUUCCACGGACGUAUACGUUCCCGGAGCUCCCAUUUUCCUGUUAUUAGCAGGCGAAUGGGAGGCCGACCCUGUGGAGAUCGAGUUCACCUUUAUUAGUCAACUGGCCGCCAAUUUUAGUGGAAUCACCAUAGAUCUUGAACAUAGAUACUACGGACAGAGCAGGCCUACUCCAAACACAAGUCUCGAAAAUCUGAAGUACCUGAGCGUUGACCAAGCCCUGGAGGACGCAGCCAACUUCGCCUUGAGUUUGAAGGAAUCGCUCGGUCUCAACGGCCCGUGGAUCGUAAUUGGAGAAUCGUACUCUGCUAACCUAGCAGCGUGGGCGCGCGCUCGCUACCCGCACAUCUUUGUGGGCGCCUACGCCUCCAGUGCACCCAUCCUGGCGCAACUCGGCAUACCUGAGUACAUGGAGGUCGUAAACGAGGCCCUUGUGGCCACCGACCCUGCCUGCCCGGUUGUCAUUCAGGCCUCCACUGAUGAACUUGACGCGCUUAUCUUGAACGGAGACGCAGAAAAAAUCACCCAACUUUUCAACUUGGCCUCUACAAUUGACCUGGCCAACAAGUACGAUCUGAUGCUUCUGCGGUUCUAUAUUUCCUUAAUCGUAUUCGGCCAAGAGGUGCAGUACGCCGUGCGAGGCAGCCUAGCAAGGGUCUGUGAGACCCUUGUUGCCGGACAGAGCACUCCUUUGGAAACGGUGGCUCAGUUCUUUAGGGACACCUUUAAUGGAGCCCAGAUCAACGUUGUCACCGACGACUUGUUCAGCUAUUACAAAAACGACAUCCAGUUCUCGGAUGACGUCAACCGCCCUUGGUUAUACCAUUCUGCGAUCGAAUUGGGUUAUUACCAAAGCCUGGCCUCUCAAAAUCAACCCUUUGGCCAGAAUAUGACUGAAGAAUUGUUCCUCCGCUUUAACGCUGAAGUUUAUGGCCCCGAGUUCACACGAGAACUGACCCAGUCAGGUAUUGACCGCACCAACCUUGCCUUUGGAGGUCUCAAUCCUGACGUAACCAGGGUCAUCUACACCCACGGCACUCUUGACCCCUGGCACGCCCUUGGACGCGAAACUGACCUAAAUCCUGACUCGCCUGUUAUAAUGAUUGAAGGUCUGUCGCACUGCUAUGACACAGUCGGAGUGCCCAGCUCUGAUGACCCGCAGCAACUUAUUGAUGCCAGGCUGCGUAUCAUUGAAAUUGUUUCUAGUUGGCUGUGAAAAUGCGAAGAUUAAAAUAAUAAAAAUGCAAACACAGAAUUUCCGUAAGAAGAUUAUUGGAAUCAUACAUAUAUUAUUUUUAAUUUUUAGCUUAUAUUAAACUCUGAAUGAAAAUUAUCAAUCACUUGAGUGUUCAUUUUUGCAAUCAAAAUAAUAAAAAGGACUGAUUAGGAAAUUAUAUUCUCCAACACCAAGCAAAGCAUAUAACAUAAAAAAUUGUAAACAAAACAGAAGAA